AUGCUUGUGUGCCGCCAGCUGAGGCGGCUGUAUCCCCGUACAGCAUUCGGACCUGAGACCAAACCAUUCAUCAAGACACUUUCCACCUCCUUCAGCACCUUCAGCAGCCGAGCUCACAAGUCGAGCAACCACCUUCCACCGCGCCCGACCUUACCUGACGCCGACAUCAAGCACACCUAUGUCAAAGGCACUGGACCCGGGGGCCAGAAGAUCAACAAGACCAAUUCGGCCGCUCAAUUGACACACAUUCCAACGGGCAUUGUGGUAAAGUGUCAAGCAACCCGCAGCAGAAGUCAAAACCACAACAUUGCAAAGAGGAUUCUCGCAGAGAAGGUGGAAAUGUUGCAAAAGGGUGAGGAGAGCCGGGCAGCCAAAGUGGUGGAGCACAAGCAGCGCAAGAAGAGGAGCGCCGACAAGAAGAAGCGCAGGAAGUACCGACGGCUGGCAGAGGAGAGGCAGGGUGAUCAGGAGGAAGAAUGCACCGAAGACAGAGACGAUGGAUCAGAUGAGGAGGGUCUGGGUGACGAAUUUGAGGGUCGAGCGCAAUUGCAUCAACCAGAGACCAGUGAAAGGCCAAGAGGAUGA